GUGUCCGGAGCCCUUGAUGUCCUGCAAAUGAAGGAGGACGUCCUCAAGUUCCUUGAGGCAGGAACCCACUUGGGUGGCACCAACCGGGAUUUCCAGAUGGUGCAGUAUAUCUAUAAAAGGAAAAGUGAUGGGAUCUACAUCAUAAAUCUAAAGCAGACUAGAGACAAGCUUCUCCUGGCAGCUCGAGCCAUAGCGGCCAUUGAAAACCCUGCUGAUGUCAGCGUCAUAUCUUCCAGGAGCACCGGCCAGCGGGCUGUGCUGAAGUUUGCUGCUGCCACUGGAGCUACUCCUAUCACUGGCCGCUUCACUCCUGGAACCUUCACUAACCAGAUCCAGGCAGCCUUCCGAGAGCCACGUCUUCUGGUGGUUACUGACCCCAGGGCUGACCACCAGCCCCUAACGGAGGCAUCUUACGUCAAUCUGCCAACCAUUGCUCUGUGCAACACAGAUUCCCCUCUGCGCUAUGUGGACAUUGCCAUCCCGUGCAGCAAUAAGGGAGCUCACUCUGUGGGUCUGAUGUGGUGGAUGCUGGCCCGGGAAGUGCUGCGCAUGCGUGGCACCAUCUCCCGUGAACACUUGUGA